AUGAGUACAGGUGCUGCUUCAGCGUCCUCAGACAAGCAAUCUCUGCACUAUAUCAUCCGUUCUGGUCUCGCGGGUGGGGUGGCUGGAUGCGUUGCAAAGACUGUGGUCGCGCCGCUUGACAGGGUUAAGAUUCUGUUCCAAGCUUCAAAUCCUGAGUUUCAGAAAUAUGCCGGGAGCUGGAGUGGUGCUUUUCGUGCCGGGACGGAGAUUUUUCACCAAGGUGGAUUCCGUGGACUGUUCCAAGGUCAUUCGGCAACGCUUCUGCGUGUGUUUCCAUACGCCGCUAUCAAAUUUAUGGCUUACGACCAAGUCCAUUAUUAUCUAAUGCCCACGAGACAACAAGAAACCAAUGUUAGGCGUUUUGUUGCUGGCGCCCUUUCGGGCACUAUCUCUGUAUUUUUCACUUACCCUCUUGAAGUUAUCCGGGUAAGGAUGGCCUUUCAGACAAAAUCACCUGGCGAGCUCUCCCGUCCGUCCUUCUUAGGUGCGGCGCGCCACAUCUUCCAGGAAGGAACUAUGCAACCGCUUUCCCAGGCCUUCCCAACAGAGACCGCCCCAAAAGGCAUAUUCAGUCGAUUUCCAGCUCUCAAGUUCUAUCGUGGUUUUACUGUUACCAUCAUGGGGAUGAUACCAUAUGCCGGGGUCUCAUUCCUAAGCUGGGGAUUCUUGAGGUCCCGUCUUCUCCCUCCCUCCCAGGUGGGGCACACGCCACCGACCCCCGCUGCAGAUCUUGCAAUUGGAGCACUCUCGGGGGCCAUUGCUCAAACAGCAUCAUACCCAUUCGAGGUUGUACGCAGGAGAAUGCAGGUGGGUGGGAUUACUCACCCUGACCGUUGGCUUGGGUGGGGGGAAACACUUAGAGGGAUUUACCAUUCGAGAGGAUGGAAAGGAUUUUAUGUCGGGCUAAGCAUAGGUUACCUUAAAGUUAUCCCUAUGACCGCUGUCAGCUUUACAGUAUGGCAAGGGGGUAAACGGUUGCUGAAUGUAUGAUGGUUAUAAUAAGCACAUGAUUUGAGC